AUGUCCUUCAAAUCCAAAAAGACGGGCACCGUCUACCGCGAUGACGACAAGCUCGCCCCCAAGGCGAACGCCAGCCUCAUCAACAUGAACGACCCUAUAAUAAAGCGUAACCAACGACUCAUUCCCUUUGCCGAGCGCGCCAAGCAGGAGGAGCUCGAAUCGCACUUUGGCCUCCGUCGCUUCUUCAAGAACCAGGUCUACGUCGUCCUCUACGUCCUCGUCCACGCCGUCUUCUCCGUCUACAUCCGCUUUCGCAUCGCGUACAACGCCGUCUCUGGCCAGCUCGCCUCCAUCCUCCGCCACCAUCACAACGACCCGGCCUACAUCCGCAACGAUGUCAGCACGCUCAAGCGCAUGCCCCAGCAUGUCAGCAUCAUCCUCACCCUCGAAGGGGGCGGCAGGAAAGGCGACGCUGUCGAGAAGCUCAUUGACGAGGUUUCCGAAGUCGCUGCCUGGUGCGCCGCUGCGGGUAUUAUGAACCUCUCUGUGUACGAGAAGACAGGCAUCCUCAAGCAAUACAUGCCGCAAGUCCACAACAUCGUCUCCCAAAAGCUCCGCAGAUGGUUCGGCAAACACUCCGGCCCCUCCUUGACCGUCUUUGCGCGCGGCGCCGAGCCCAUUUACGGCCGCAACCAGGACCCGAUCAUGGGCCUGAUGCUCUUGUCAGCCGAGGACGGCCGCGAGGCCAUUGUCGACCUGACACGCGUGCUUGCCGACAUGGCGCAAAAGGACAAGCUGUCUACCGCCGACAUUACCGCCGAUGUCAUUGACAACGAGCUUAGCGAGGCCGUCAUGGCCGAGCCCGACCUGCUCAUCUCUUUCGAGCCUUAUAUUGACCUCCAGGGUUACCCUCCUUGGCAGAUCCGCCUUACGGAGAUUUACUACGCACCGGACAACCACGGCGUGGGGUACCAGGUCUUCCUGCAGGGCCUCCGCAAGUACGGGGAGGCGACGUUCAAGUUGGGAAAGUAG